GGCACCAAGUAUAUGAGCCUACGAGGACGGACACCAUCAGCAAGAUCAGAACCGGUCCCAAAAGUAGAAAAAGGCAAGGCAGGAACGCACCUUCCGUUUUAGGUAGGUGAAGAGGGGAACUCGGGAGAGAGAAGGCGACGCACAGCGCAGAAAAGUGGUCAGCGAAGGAGGAGGAGAUGGAGGAGAGGGAGAAGGUCGUGUCCCUGGCCAAGCUCGCCGAGCAGGCGGAGAGAUACGACGAUAUGGCGGAAUUUAUGAAGAAGCUUGCUAGGAUGGAUGUGGAUAUGAGUGCUGAAGAGAGGCAUUUAUUCUCAGUUGGUUUUAAGUAUACUAUCAGUGCAAGAAGGGCAUCAUGGAGAAUCAUUUCUUCACUUGAGCAAAAUGUGGCAGCUGGUGAUCAGACUGGUGUGAUGAUACAUGCCUAUAAAAAGAAAGUAGAGGACGAACUAAGGAUGGUUUGCAAUGAAAUAUUGUCAAUCAUCGCUAUACACUGCCUUCCCUUGGCCAGUUCGGGUGAAAAUACCGUGUUCUUUUAUAAGAUGAAAGGUGACUACUACCGUUACUUGGCUGAAUUUAGCACCGGCACUGAAAAGAAGGCUGCUACUGACCAGUCACUUAUGGCCUAUCAGCAUGCCAUGGUUGUUGCCUCCAUUGAGCUUUCGCCUGCCCACCAGAUCAGACUUGGCCUUGCCCUCAAUUUUUCAGUCUUCUUUUAUGAGACAAUGAACUCUCAUGAGAGAGCUUGCCAAGUGGCAAAACAAGCAUUUGAUGAGGCUGCUGCUGAGAUUAAUUCUGCUGGCGAGGGAGUUUACAAAGACAGCACACUUAUGAUGCAGCUUCUGAAGGACAACCUAGCAUUGUGGAUGUCAGAAGUAACUGGAGGUGAAACAUCUAAGGAUGACGACAACGAUAUGGAGGGUUGAUUGAGACGUGUUCAAGGCCCCUAUGCACUCAAAAUAACCAAGCAACAAUGCUAGUGAACCUGUGACCUCUAGUUUUUCCUGCAUCGGAAAAAUCUUAUGUUUUUCUUUCUGCACUUUCUUUCUCUUUUGGCCCUUGUUUGGCCUUGGUGUGAUCCUUGGGUGUUUUCGAAGUUUUGGUUAGUGACCGUUUACCCAGCUCUGGUCAUAUUUUUGAGAGCAUGGAAUGGUUGCCACCCAGCUUUGAUGUCUCAAUUGUCACCUGUUUUGAUGCUUCAGAAGCAUCUUUGUGCACCGGAAAACUGUCUCUCUUAUCGAUGAAUGAGAACCGUCUCCCAUAUGAAUAAAUAUGAUUCAGUGGUACUAUGG